CCUGCUGGCAACGACGACCCCCAAGAUCCCCUUCGCCCUGAAAUUGAAGAAGAAGACGCCGCUCGCACACCCCCGAUCGCUGAUCCCCAGCUAGACACCGAGGUCGCUGAAGAUGACGAGAACCCACAACUGUCAAUGCCUGGAGCUGCUGACAACGAUGACAAUGACGCCGACUCGGACGCUCUGAGUGAUGUCGACGAAGCCCAGUUCCAGGAUUUCGACCCAAAUGCCAUCGCCAUCGAGGAGCGCCCGAGAGUUGUUGAUGCCAGUGGUGUAGCCCUACUUGGAAAGCACAAGCGCAAGCGUGAUGAUGCUGAUGGAGAAGGCAAGAAGAAGCGCAAAGAAGGCCGUCGUGAGAAGCCAAAGCGAAGCAAGCGCACCGGCGACGAGGGUCAAGACUUUGAAGGCGAUGAGGAUGGUGAAAGACGCAGCAGAAAAUCAAAGGCUCCUGGCGAGAAGCGCAAGAAGAGAACACCUAGUCCCGAGGACGACUCGAAUCUGACACCAGAAGAGAGACGCAGAAAGGAGUUCUCUCGCAAGCUAGACGAGGCUCUCAAGAAGCCAAAGACGAACAACAGACGCAAGGCUGGCAUCGAUCUAGAGCAGAUGGCCGAUAGCGAACUUGAAGAGAUGCGUCGUCGUAUGGCCGAAGCAGCUCAAGCCGACACACAAGCGCGCGACGAAGGAAAGCCUGCUAUGCACAAGCUUAAACUCCUCCCAGAGGUUGUCGCCCUGUUGAACCGCAACACGCUGCAAAACGCCCUCGUAGAUCCCGAUAUCAACCUUCUCGAGUCGGUCCGUUUCUUCCUCGAGCCGCUAAAUGAUGGCUCCCUGCCUGCCUACAACAUCCAGCGCGAGCUAUUUGCCUGUCUAGCAAAGCUGCCCAUCUCAAAAGACGCUCUCGUCGCCUCUGGCAUCGGCAAAGUCACCCACUUCUACACUCGCAGCACCAAGGCCGAACCGGGCAUCAGACGUCAAGCUGAAAAACUAGUCGGCGAAUGGACACGUCCCAUCCUCAAGCGCACCGACGACUUCCGCAAGCGCGAGUACGUAGAGGCAACCUACGACCCUAGUCAACAACCCGUUCGCAGCACACAAUCCGAGCACAAAGCCGCUCGUGCUGCUGCUGCCAGAAAAGCCGCUCUGGCAUACCCUACCACGACUAACCGUGCUCGUGUCGAUGGCGGUCUUGGUACCUACACCAUUGUGCCCAAAAGCGAUCUC